ACACACCUGUUGAUGUUAACUUGAUAUAUCAAAUGUCCGUUUUAACGCUGCCUCUUUCUGUCUCACUGUCUCUGCUGCUAUCCACAGUAUUGGUCCCUUUUAAGUAUCUGGACAAUAGGGUUAUCUGUGUGUGUGAUCAAAAACUGACAUUAACAGCUAUGGAGUUGGGUUAGUGUUAACUGUCAGUGUCUGUUAAUUGGAAAUACUUACUGGACAUAUACUAUCAUGCACAUGAUUCGUAAAUUAUUCAUACCCCAGGUCUGUUACCUUCUCUUACACACACACACCUCCGUCUUUCUGCCUUCGUCUUAGCUGAGGUGCCACUUUCCUCUUCGUUAUCAUCAGUGCUGCUGCUCUUCUUCCGCCAAAUUUUUUGGAAAACAGGAUUUAAAGGAUGGUGUCUCCUGCUAUUGCGCUGGCCUUCCUUCCUCUCUUGCUGACACUGAUUAUCAGAUACCGCUACUACUUUGUGCUGUUCUAUCGGGCUGUCCUAGUCAGGACAUGGAAGGAUUGUGUUACUGGUCUGACCCGAGAGGAGCGCGCCUACCAGUAUGUUCUCACUCAUGCCACCCCUGGAGACCCUGAAAGCAUCCUGGAAGCUUUCGAUGUCUGGUGCAGCAAGGUGGAGUACAUCAGCAAUAUUGGGCCUAAAAAAGGUAAGAUCCUGGACAGGCUGCUGAUGGAGAAGAGUCCUCUAACAGUGCUAGAGCUAGGUGCCCACUGUGGGUACAGCACUGUGCGGAUUGCCCGGGCUCUGCCCCUGGGUGCUAGACUCUACAGCGUUGAGAUGGACCAGAGGAAUGCUGCCAUCGCUGAAAAAAUCAUCCGGCUGGCAGGGUUUGACGAUGACACGGUGGAGCUCAUUGUAAAUCCAUCUGACGAGGUGAUCCCUCAGCUGCGUCCUGAUUUUGGUCUGGAAAGGCUGGAUUUUGUCUUCAUGGACCACUGGAAGAAAUGCUAUGCCCCUGAUCUGCAGAUGCUGGAGGGCUCUGGUCUGCUGGGGAAAGGAACUAUGAUUGUGGCCGACAAUGUGGUGUUCCCCGGGGCUCCAAAGUUCCUCAGACACAUUCGCAAGAGCGGCCUAUAUGAGUGGAAGGUCCACCGGGCCACACUGGAGUAUAGCAAAGGGAUCAGGGACGGGAUGGCUGAGCUGAUCUACCUCGGAAUCAAGUAGACAUUAUUUAGACUUAGAUAUCACACACUAUUACACGGAUACACAAUUUAGGAGUGGCAGGGGAUGGAUUGGUGAUAGUAUAUGAACAAAAGUAAUUUACAUUCACCUUAAAACUCAGUAUGUAUAUGUAUAAUACCUCACUGUGAGCACCUUCUCUUGUAAAUAAAAGUAAGGUGUCAGGGAUACAAAUUGUCAUGUACCAAAUUUAAUAACUCCAUGUGCACAACUCCAAUCUCAAUAUAAAAAGAAUAUCUGCCAUUUGAUUCCUGCUCAUCUCUGUCCCCUGUCUCCACCCCGUCAUUCUCUUC